AUGCUGCGCAAUGUGCUGCUGAUGGCGACGAGCGGUCUCGUGCUCUUCUCCAAAGAGUUUGCCAACGCGAUCGCGCAGCCCCGGCUCAUUGGGUCGCUGCUCACGGCGAUGCUCGAGUUUUCGGCCAAGACCACCGGCGCGCCCGUGUCCUUUAUUGAAUUCGCCAACGUCGCCGUCACCAUCGUGACCAACGAGAGCGCCAAGGUGUGCUGUGCCCUCUUCUUUGACCCUGCGGACGGCCCCAAGUUUGGCGAGUUCCUCGCCCGCGAGGUCUUGGCCGCGUUCGUCGACGAGUACGCAAGCGACCUCGGCAACAUUGGCCACAACUUGCGGGACUUUCACGGCUUCCAUUUCAAAAUCUCCGAGAUCAUCCGCGACGCGGUCAAGCCGAUCCUCGCCACACUACAGCAGCACCGCGGGAUCCAGAAGGCCAUUCUCGUCACAGAGGACGCCGUGACGCACGCAACCGUCGAAGUCGACCAGCUCGGCGUCCUAGUCAACCUCCAGUCGCUGCGCAACCUCGCCGCCAACAUGAUGGCCUUUGUCGGGGACAAUGCACAGUCGGUGACGAUCCAAGGCGCGCGCAACUGCAGCAUCCAAGUCAGCGCGAUCGAGGCCAACGCGACGCUGGUCGUGGCGUUCAAGAAGGGCGAGCACGCGGCCAGCUGCCUCGUCGCCAUCAACGACGCCAUGCACAUGCUCACACGUGUCUGCCUCUUGCUCAAGAAUUUACACCAAGCCACACGGCCGACAUGACGCAAUACUACACGAU